CCCAACAAGCACAAGGACAAGCUGCUGAGUUGAAUCAUCUUCGGCCUCUAGUUCGGACGAGGCCUGCUCCGAUGAAUCCCCAGGGUGGUGGACAAGAUGUGGCAGCGUCAUCACUCACAACAACUAGCGAACAUCAUCGAGAGACGCUGCAAGAAAGUCACGCUGCUCAUCAAGCUUCCUUAAAUAUGCCUCUGGUCGGACUGGAUCUGUCUCUCUCCACAGCAGACGACGCAGGCUCAACUCCUGACCUUUCCCAGCUGAUUUCUCUUGUAUCAGACUGUCUUCGCGAUCGUGGCUUUCGACGUAUCGACUUGAGGACAGGCCAGCUUGUGCAAAUCGCAAUAGAUGGGAUCCGAAAGUCUGGCAUCGAUCCCGCUGAGGUUGUUCUUCUGCUUCAACUUAGCAACGAAAUAGAGGAUCAUUUAACUCGUAUCCACGAUGCUUUUGGAGGAAAAAUUCAAGGCGCCAAUAUCGGGGUCAUCUUCAAUGUUGCUGAUUUUUUACAAAAUCCGUCGCCACCUCAAGUGAACGCGCCACACUUGAUUUCGAUUUGGCGAAACGUUGAGGCAUUGAUUGAUAUGCGGCGAAUCGGAUUUCUGGGUCUGCAGCACGAUGCGGGUGCUGGUGUGACCGAAGCGCACGCUCGAAUGGUUUUAGAGGCGCUUUUGAAUGCUCAAGAAUUGCGACAUAAACCUCAUGUCUUUAGAAGUGACACUCUGUUGCACGUGUAUCAUUAUCAUCAUGCUGUUGAGGACGACGGAGGUGCUGAUGGUCACGGUCAGGAUCAGCCUCAGAUCGCAGGCGCAGACGCAUCGUUAGCGGAAAGCAGAAAGAACUUUUGGGAUUUUCUCGAUGCGCACAAUAUCGCUUUUCUCGCCACGGAUCUCUUGUCCUCAGGUGGAACCCUACUAAAGCCUACAGCUGAUCCUCACAUAGUCAAAGUCGCCCAAUACGUAGGUCGCAGUACUCCGUAUGUUCUACACGCUCGAGCUCUGCGUCAUUUCGCGCAUGUCUCCAUCCCUCCGACUACUGUUGCUGCCUUUGCGCCAGAUCUGGAUGUGCCUGUACUGUUGAGCGGCGCAUGCGGAGAACCCGUUGUCGCAGAGAUGAAAUCGUCACCUGCAGAACAAGAGGCACACAAAGAAGAUAGAGAUGAGUCUGCUUCCUCAUCUGCAACAAGUAGUAGCACAAGCACCAUCGUGGAUCAAAUUCAAAUAAAAGGAAACCAUGAAAAUGGCAGUAGUAGCACGACUACCAACAGUCGUCCGACUACCAUAACGACACUGACAGAUAACGAUAGUUUUCUCAGCAACUCUUGUCGGAGCCAAUUAUCCGCGAAGCAGAUGAUGGUGUUAGAUGCCUUAGCCUCCCUAGUGGGCAGCACUGGGGCAAAAGUGUACGGAGGAAGUGUGAGCCAAGAUCUAGGCGAUCUCUAUUCACUAGGCGAUACUGGGGAGACAACAUCAGGGAUUGACGAAUUGCUGAAAACUCUUCGCAAAGAAUCCGAAGUACUACCUGCUUCUUCUACGAUUGUAGAUCAACAAAGCAGACCAGAAGAUGUUGACAAAACUAGUGACCCUUCCAGCACAACAGAGUCAACAUCACCGACCGCGUUCAAACUGCAAGACAUAUGUACGGGAGAAGUGUAUCGAAUUGGGGAAGAAGAAGGCGAAAGAAGAAGUGACGGAAGAACGCCUUUUCCUGAUACAACUAGUACAAAAAUAGAACAUGAACAAAUAAAUGUAAUGACAACUACUUCCUCAUCCUCGUCGCGAAGAAACAGGAGACGCAACAUCUCAACAACUUCACCAAGCAAACACACAUCCGACACUAGCCCAGGAAGCAAAUCAUCAAAGAAACCCAAACGCCCUGACCUUUCUUGGGCACAAAGAAGAAAUGUAGGGGUAGCUUGUUGGUCCAAGCUCUGGACUCAUGUAGGCUGUCUUGAGAGUACAGUCCCAGGGUUUACAAAUUGGCAUGCAGAACAGACAUACAUCGCCCUAUUGAUGGAUGCGCGCUCCUGGGCUACACUUGAUGAUGACAUGCAUAAAAGAACUUGCUCUGGGACCGUUUGAGUUCUUGAUCUUGUUUCAACAUGCAUAAAAGGACUUGCUAUGGGACAGUUUGAGUUCUUGAUCUUGUUUCAGACAUAAAAAGAAUUUACGAUAGAUAUUGUUUUUUGUCUUCUGAAGCGAAAGAGUUUCGUG